AUGACCGAAGUCCUGGCCGCUGUUGUCCAAAAGCCCCUGGAUAAAGACCAUUGGGCUACCGGAAUAAAAAAAUAUCCCUGGACCACCCAGAGGACUGUGGACCUAGGAAAUGGAAAGGUCACCCAUUCCUUCCUAGUCAUCCCCGACAGCCCCUGCCCCUUAUUAGGAAGAGACUUGCUCACUAAAAUGGGGGCCCAGAUUCAUUUUACGCCAGGGGGCCCCCAAGUGACUGGCGCUCACAACCAACCCAUGACCAUACUUACUCUAAGAUUAGAAGAUGAAUAUCGACUCCAUCAGGAGCCUCCCUCACAAAGUCAAAACAUAGAACCCUGGCUCCAGCAGUUUCCAGAAGCAUGGGCUGAAACCGGGGGUAUGGGGUUGGCUAAACAUCGCCCGGCUCUAUUCAUAGAGCUGAAACUGGGGGCAGAUCCAGUUCGGGUCCGACAAUACCCAAUGUCAAUGGAGGCCAGAAAUGGCAUCACGCCACGUAUCCGUCACCUCCUAGACUUGGGCAUCUUGCGUCCCUGCCAUUCAGCCUGGAACACCCCCCUGCUGCCUGUACGAAAACCUAACAGUGCGGACUACCGUCCAGUACAAGAUCUGAGAGAAGUUAACCGCCGAGUCAUGGACAUACACCCAACAGUACCCAACCCCUAUACCCUCCUAAGUGCCCUCAGCCCAGAAAGACAAUGGUAUACUGUCCUUGAUUUGAAAGAUGCUUUUUUCAGCCUGCCUCUGGCCCCCAAAAGCCAAGAGCUCUUCGCCUUCGAGUGGUCUGACCCUGAGAGGGAUAAAUCCUGGACCCGGCUCCCCCAAGGAUUUAAAAACUCACCCACCUUGUUCGAUGAGGCACUUCACGAGGAUCUGGGCGAGUACCGGAAUCAAAACCCCGAAGUGACUCUCUUGCAGUACGUCGACGAUCUUUUAAUCGUCGCUGAGACUGCCAAAGCUUGCUUGCAAGGCACCAGGAACCUCCUCCGGACACUUGGUGCCCUGGGGUACCGGGCUUCAGCAAAGAAAGCCCAAAUUUGCAGAUCUGAGGUAACCUACUUGGGGUAUCUGUUAAGAGAAGGCCAACGAUGGCUCGCUGAUGCACGGAAGGAAACCGGCCUCCGCAUCCCCCGACCCACAACAUGAAGGCAGGUGAGAGAAUUCCUGGGAUCGGCCGGGUUCUGCCGCUUGUGGAUACCUCGGUUCGCCGAGAUGGCUAAGCCUCUUUACCUGGUCACCCGAGAACAAGUGCCCUUUGAAUGGACAGAGGAAACUGAGCAGGCUUUCCAGCAAAUUAAACUCGCCCUGUUGUCGGCACCAGCCUUAGGGCUCCCCGAUGUCUCCAAACCCUUUCGUCUCUUCGUAGAUGAAAAUAAGGGGGUAGCCAAAGCAGUGCUGAUGCAACUCCUUGGCCCAUGGCCCAGGCCCGUUGCCUAUCUUUCAAAAAGACUGGACCCAGUAGCGGCUGGCUGGCCCCCUUGCCUCCGUAUGAUCACUGCUACAGCUCUAAUGGUAAAGGAUGCUGAUAAGUUAACUAUGGGACAAGAGUUACAUGUUACAACCUCUCAUGCCAUCGAGGGAGUCCUCAAACAACCUCCUGACCGAUGGAUAAGUAACGCCCGACUGGUUCACUACCAGGGACUAUUACUAAAUCCCCUCAGAACACUAAACCCUGCCUCCCUGUUACCAGACCCGGACUUGGAUACCCCCCUCCAUGACUGCGCUGAGAUAUUGGCACAGGUUCAUGGAGUUCGGGAAGAUUUACAGGAUCACCCUCUACCAGACGCCAAGGUUACCUGGUUCACUGACGGCAGCCGCUUUGUACAUCAGGGUCAAAGGUACGCGGGGACCGCAGUCACAACUGAAACUGAGACUGUUUGGGCAGAGCCUUUGCCAGCUAGCACCUCUGCCCAACGGGCUGAACUUGUGGCCUUAACCAAGGCACUGACUUUGGGAAAAGACAAGAGACUAAAUGUGUAUACCGAUAGCAGAUAAGCUUUUGCUACGGCCCACACACAUGGAGCUAUAUACAGAGAGAGGGGACUGUUAACUGGAGGGAAAACUAUCAAAAACAAAGAAGAAAUAUUGGCUCUUUUAAAGGCACUCUGGCUGCCUAAACGACUAGCCAUCAUACAUUGCCCAGGCCACCAAAAACCGAUCACACCGGUGGCCAGAGGAAAUAAUUGGGCUGGCCAGGUGGCCCGAGAGGUGGCCUUACAGGUGGACUAUACUUUAAUGACCACCCUACCAGACCCCGGUUCAGCUAGUUUACCAGGAAGUCCCACCUACACUAAAGAAGACCUAAACUGGAUCCAAAAAUUGCCUUUGACUCAGUGCCUUAACGGAUGGUGGAGAGCAGCAGACUGUAGCAUAAUCCUCCCAGAAGAAAUGGGAAAUAAAGUCUUAUCCAAGAUGCACCGAGCCACUCAUAAGGGCACAAGAAAAAUUCAAGACUUAAUGAGACAUGCUAGGAUCACCAUUAAAGACUCCAGGACAAAAAUUGAACAGAUAGUUGCUAGCUGUAAAGCUUGCCAACUAACUAACGCUACCAACCAAGAGAAAAACCCUGGCUCCAGGACCCGCGGAACCAGGCCGGGAGCCUAUUGGGAAGUAGACUUCACCGAGGUAAAGCCUGGAAAAUACGGAUAUAAAUAUUUGCUAGUGUUUAUAGAUACCUUUUCAGGAUGGACAGAGGCCUUCCCCCCAAGCAUGUGACUGCGCAGGUAGUAGCAAAGAAAAUGUUAGAAGACAUCAUGCCCAGGUACGGAUUCCCUACCCUAAUAGGAUCAGACAGCGGACCAGCAUUCAUUUCAAAGGGAACUCCAGCGCACCCACCAGGAAGUUUGGCCCAGACUGAGAGCCAUUUAUGAGACCAGGCCCCCUCCUGAGCUGCAUCACUACCGACCCGGAGACCGGGUAUAUGUGCGGAGACAUAAGCAAGAGACCCUCCAACCACGGUGGGAGGGACCCUACAUUGUGAUCCUCACUACACCCACCGCUCUCAAGGUCAACGGGAUCGCCACCUGGAUCCAUUACACCCACGCCCGACCAGCUGAUCCAUCUGCGGUUCGAGAAGACUUCGUGCCAGAAGCCAACACCGCCUGGACGGUUGACCAGA